AGCCUCUCCAAUCUUCGACGGCUCAGAUACCAGCAUGAGCGGAAACGGACAGAAGAUUAGUCACAAAGCAACGAGUGUUGGCCCGGCUCAAAACGGAGGAGGUUGCGUUCAAAAAGGUCCCUUCGCUAAUAUGACCGUUCACUUGGGUCCUGUGUCCCCAAUGGCUGACCCAGCACCACCGCGCAAUCCCCGAACGGACGGAUAUGGGUCAAAUCCACGAUGCCUUCGGCGAGAUAUUGGUCCCUACCUUUGCAAGAACCAAGCCACACCAGCCCUCAUCGCACAACUAAUCAACAAUGCCAAAUCCAUCGGGCCAUUCCAAGACACGAUGCAAGCCUCACCUGGCGUACACACGGCCGGGCACUUUACAAUCGGUGCCGACCCCGGCGGUGACUUCUACACGUCGCCUAACGAUCCUGCGUUCUGGUUGCAUCAUGGCAUGAUCGAUCGGACCUGGACGAUCUGGCAGAGUCAAGAUCUGCCGAAUCGGAUGCAGGUUAUCGCUGGAGGGACGUCGAUGUUUGGAGGUGGGGCGAUGCAGAAGUUGACCGAUACGGUGGAUUUGACGCCGUUGGUUUCGAAGAUUUACCAAUUGAAGGAUCUGAUGAGCAUUGUUGAUGGGCCGUUCUGUUAUGUUUAUGAGUGA